AUGAUCACUCCAGAAUAUCUGCAUAAUGGGAGGUCCUCUACAUCUUGGUGGGGAGCUACACAGUGGCUCAGUCCUCCAUGUCACACUUAUGUAUCUCAGAAAGGGAGGACUUCCAAAAUUGUCCUUUCAGGGUCAACGGCAAAUCCUUUGGAACGCCUGGAGCUCCCGUCUGUGGGCUCCGUGAGGCCAGUAUUACUUACACGCGCCGUUUCUGCAUCUCCUGGCCUUGCUGGUCUAGGUACACCUGCUGGUCCGGCGGCUGCUGCUCCUCAUUCUGUUGCAGCUGCAGCAACAGACCCUACUGACAGCUACUGUGUGGGUCAGUUAGUGACACUCGUCCCUCCGGAGCGUUUAGAGCACCAGUCUGGGUCCUGUAAGGGGUUACAGGUCUUCUGCAGCGGCAGCAGGUGCUGCUACUACUGCGGCUACCCCAGAGAGGGAAGGACAGUUUGUCUGUCGUAUCAGGCUUGGUGGCUGGGGAACCCCCAGUUGGAGUGGAGGAUUCCAUCGGUGGACUUUAGGGCCGCGCAUGAGAAACUACCCGUUGCUGAGUCCUGCGUGGCUGAGCGACUCCAACAAUACCUUGAGCAAGAACCUGCGGCUGCUGCUUCCCUUCUUGUUGCUGUCAUCGGAGACGCUUCGUUGGGCAUGGGCCUCAAUGCCGCACUGCAGUGCAUGCUGCCAGGCGAAGAAGUGCUGCUCCUGGUGGAUGCUAGAACGGUCCCGUCUGAUCUGCUUUUGCAAGGAACUUCAGCGAAGAACUCCUGCAAACCAGCAGCAGCGGAACCAGCGGCAGUAAGACUAGCAGAAAAAACAGCAGCAGUAAUACCAGCAACAGCAGCACCUGGUACCAGAUGGGAAGCAGAAGCAACAGCUUCAGCCAUCUCAGCAGCAGCACUACCAGGCACAGCAGAUGCAAUCCGAGCGUUGGCGACUGCAUCAGUGGCCACAGAAGCAGCAGACAUGGUACAUUUGUUGCUGCGCCUGCGCCUUCACUACCAAACUUCAAUGAAGCCGCUCUACGUCCCUCUUCCUCUCUACAGAAGCCUUUACCGCAGGCUACUGUUCCCCCCCGCACCGAAGAGGCAAAGGCGGCCUUCACCAGCAGAAGAAGCAGCUACUGCUGCUUUUGGAACUGCUGCUCCUGGUGGAGGAGAGCCGCGUUGCUGUUGUUGCAGCAGCGAAGAGGCGUUCAGCGGAGCUGACGAUCCAGACUCCGAUGCAUGCAGUACCAGAAACAUGAGCAGCAGUUGCACCAGCGAAAUCAACAGCAGGAAUGCGAGCAGCGACAGAAGACCCAGCAUUAGCAACAAUACCUGCAGUAUUUGCAGGGAACGACAGAGGGCUAGGGCCAAUCGAACAUCGAAAAACAUCAUCUCAACCCCCUGCGCCUUCUUCGCGCAACAGACAGGGCUUGGUGGAGGGCCUUCAGGAGGGCCUUCAGGGGGAUCCUGGUGUGACCCGGGCAGCGUUAGCUGCGGAUCCCUUCCAGAAGACUUAUGGGAGGUGACACUUCAGUUUUCUUUGUGUCUACAGGACGGCACUCCUCUGAGCUUCCCUUCCGCCACUGCAGGACUGCGAGCGUCAAAAAGGAGCCCAAUGAGAGAGCCUCUUGCUACUUCAGACAACCAUCCUGUCUUUACCUAUAAGUAUACUCUGGGGGAGGGGAAACCACUCUGCCCUGCAGUCGAUGUGUUUGUUAGGAGCCCUCUAGUCCAAGGGCCCCCUGUGGAUUUGUGGACGGGCAGCUGCAGCAGCAGCAGCAGGCUGUUACAAAGCCAAGUGCUGCGAAAGGAAGCAAACGAGAAGCUCGAGAAAGGGCAGACGCAUGCGGCUCUCAGACUCUACCAGCGAGCAAUCGCAGCUCUGGGGCGUCCUCCGUAUGAGGAGCCCACGGAGCUAUGGGCUUUUAAAGCACUCACACUGAAUAAGACCCUCGCGCUGCUGCGGCUGCGGAGAUGGGAAGAAGCCCUUACUUGCUCAGACGAGGUCUUAUCUCUGUCUUCUUCCAGUAGCAAAGGUACCUACAGAAAGGCAAAGGCACUAGGCGGCCUUCGCCGCUAUGCAGAGGCAGAGGAGCUCUGCUUACAGGCUCACCAACGGCUUACUGCAGGAAAAGCCUCAAAAUCCCCCGCGGCCUCCGAGGCAGCAGCAUUUAGAAGACUCCAUGAGAAGCUUGUGCGUGAAAGAACAAUUUGGGAACAGCAACAGGAACAGAAGAUCGAACAGCAGCAGCAGCACCAGCACAAGAUGCAGCAGUUGCCUCAGCGGGAUAAAACCGCGAAAGAUAUAUCCAGAAAUUAUGCUAAGGAGGAGCAGAAGGACUAA